AUGGACGCAGAGACGGCCGCGCUGGCGGCGGACAAUGACGGCUACGAGACCGACUACGAAGAUUCGCCGAGAUCGUCAUUCUCGGAAGGCUCCUACCACGAUGAGCCGAUCUCCGACCGGCCACGCCCGGAGGGCUACCGCCACGAGGAGGCGAUGAUGAUGGCGCCCCAGCACGACCCGACACCAGCAGCUCCUUCAAUCUCGAAACCGGUGGUCUUCCGCCUGUAUGUUUCGCAUUUUCUGUCGACGUGGAACUCACGCCUGUUCGAGUUCGGCGCGGUCCUGUUUCUCGCGUCCAUCUACCCUGGGACGCUGAUGCCUAUGUCCAUCUACGCGCUCGUCCGAGGAGUCUUUGCGGUCAUUUUGUCCCCGUCUAUUGGAUCAUGGAUUGAUCGCGGCAACCGACUGUCGGUGGUCCGUAUUUCGAUUGUCGGGCAAAGGCUUUCGGUCGCCAUGUCUUGUGGUAUCUUCCUCGUGCUCGAGAGGCUGCGCGACCUCCAAAGCGACCUCCAGAACAGCCUCUUCGCGAUGGUAGUCGGAUUGGCUUGCGUUGAAAAGUUGUGUUCUGUGAUGAAUUUGGUAUCUGUCGAACGUGACUGGGUGGUGGUCAUUACCGAAGGCAACGAGAAGGCUCGACAAGAACUGAACGCGCGAAUCCGACGAAUUGACUUGUUCUGCAAGCUGAUUGGCCCCCUCGCAAUCUCGUUGAUUGAUGGUGCAUCAACUACCAUCGCCAUCUGGGUGACUCUUUCGAUGACUCUUCUGUCUGUUGUAACUGAGUAUAUGUGUAUCGCCAGAGUCUAUCAACUCGUGCCAGCCCUGGCACAGCUCCGGGUCAAAUCCCAGCCGGCAACGCCGGCCGACUCAGAUUCAGAUGGCCCUGAAGAUGCGGACGUACCGCGGACGCAACAGACUACCGGUUGGCUGAAGUCCAAGAUCCAGACAGUGUUCCCCGUCUCAGCAAUCCCAUUCUACUUCUCGCACCCCGCCCUCCGGCCUUCGCUGUCCCUCGCACUGCUCUACUUUACCGUACUCUCCUUCUCCGGACAGAUGAUCACCUUCUUGCUCUCCGUCGGAUACAACUCCUUCCACAUCGGUAUCGCUCGGACUAUCAGCACAGUCUUUGAGCUCAGCGCGACGUGGGCCGCGCCCAAGUUGAUGGACAAGAUCGGUCCCAUCCGCGCCGGCAUCUGGAGUCUCUCUUGGCAGAUGAUCUGGCUUGCUGCUGGAGUAGGCUGGUUCUUCGCGGACAAGUCUCAGAACAGGACAAGCAGCAUUGAAGCCGUCAGCGGACUCGUUGGUGGUGUAAUUCUGAGCAGAGUCGGGCUUUGGGGCUAUGACUUGUCUGCCCAGACCAUCAUCCAGGGGGAUGUCGACGAGGAACAUCGCGGCGCUUUCUCCACCGUUGAGGCCUCCAUGCAGAGCAUCUUCGAGCUCCUGUCAUAUGCGGCCACUGUCGUCUUUUCUCGGCCUGACCAGUUCCAGUGGCCCAUCCUCAUGAGCGUCGGGGCGAUCUACGCCGCUGGCGGGCUGUAUGCCUCAUACGUCCGGAAGAGGCGCGGCCACUUGUUCCACGCUCCGCCCUGUCUGCAUUGCAAGAAAGAAGAAUCUUGA